GUGGAAAUGGAGUUUGAUGAAGUUGCAAUUUAUUUCUCUGAGGACGAGUGGAUCUGUUUAAAUGAUGAACAAAAAGAGCUUUAUGAGGAUGUGAUGAUAGAGAAUUACCAGACCCUCAGGUCUCUAGGAUAUAUUUAUAUGAAACCUUCACUUGUUACAAAGCUUGAGCGGGGAGAGGAGCCGUAUGUGCGCUGUGUCCAGAGGAUCCCUCAGGAGGAACUUUAUAUCAGUAAUAAAGGUUUCUGUUACUGUCAAGAACAGGCCUGAUACACAUUAGUCACUGCAUUUGGCACUAAAGAAUUUUAGUAGCAUCUGACGGAUUUAGUGGUGCUGUACAAGAAAAUGUCUAAGAAUACCCAGAUGCAAACCUCAUAUCUUCAUGGUAAUCAUAGAGCUGACUCUGUGGUUAAGCAUGAAGGAGACCCAUAUGCGUGUGAUUAUGUGAAGCUUGAGGAAGAAGAAGUUCCUAUAAAUUCAAUUAAAGGGCGUCUUGAGGAAAAUCCAGGCACUGGAUUAAUAAAUGUAAAGGAAGAGGAUGAGGCAGAUAACAUCAAUAGUCCUCAGAUGGAAAUACAUUCAAAUGUCCCUGCUGACAAAAAUAAUUCUGCUUUAGUGAAAGUUGAGAUAACAGAAGAUAUGUGUUUAAGUAAGGAAUACACAGAUGAGGACACCAGUGACAAUAUCAGCCCAGAUGAAGAGAGCCCUGAUAUAGUGAAAGUCGAGAUAACGGAAGAUCUGUAUUCGGGAAGACAGUUGGAAUGGUCGGAUGAGGAAGUCGAUGGCAACGUCAGCCCAGAGAACUGGGAUAUUUGUAGUAAAGGCUGGAGUGCUGAUCCUAAUUCUAAUGUUGAAAAUAAUUCUUCUGAAAACAAGGAAUCAAGUGAUGUUGCACAUAAGAAAAUUAAUGCAGGCGAGAAAGCAUUUUCAUGUUCUGAAUGUGGAAAAUGUUUUACCCAGAAAUCAAGUCUGGUUAGACAUCAGAAACUUCAUACAGGAGGGAAAGAAUUUUCAUGUUCUGAAUGUGGAAAAUGUUUUAUAUGGAAAUCAAAUUUUAUUAAACAUCAGAGAGUUCAUACAGGAGAGAAAGCAUUUUCAUGUUCUAUUUGUGGGAAGAGAUUCACCCAGAAAUCAAAUCUUCUUGGUCAUCAGUCAGUACAUACAGGAGAGAAACCGUUUUCAUGUUUUGAAUGUGGGAAAUGUUUUCGACGGAAAACAGAUCUUAAAACGCAUCUGAAAAUUCAUACUGGAGAACGCGUAUUUUCAUGUUUUGAAUGUGGGAAAUGUUUUACCCAGCAUAUAAGUCUGAUUACUCAUCAAAAAAUUCAUACAGGUGAAAAAGCAUUUUCAUGUUCUGAAUGCGGGAAAUCUUUUAUCCAGAAAUCAGAUUUUACUAAACAUCAGAAAAUUCAUACUGGUGAAAAAGCAUAUUCAUGUUCUCAGUGUGGGAAAUGUUUUACCCAGAAAUCCAAUCUUAUUAGUCAUCAGAAAAUUCAUACAGGAGUGAAAGCAUUUUCAUGUUCUCAAUGUGGGAAAUGUUUUACCCAGAAAUCCAAUCUUAUUAGUCAUCAGAAGAUUCAUACUGGAGAGAAAGCAUUUUCAUGUUCUGAAUGUGGGAAGAGUUUUACCUGGAAAUCCAGUCUCAUUACACACCAGAAGAGCCAUAAAGGAGACAAAGCAAUAUAAUUUUCUUAAUGUGAAGCAUGUUUUAAUCUCCAGUAAAGGUUUUUAUGAAACCAGAACAUAUUCUGAAUGGAACAAACAAUUUGCAGACAGGGCCCUGCAGUAAUGGUUAAGUCCAGUGAGUUUCCUGUCUGUUUGGGAACUGAAAGCAUGAUUUGUAUACCUCUUUAAAAGAGCCAGAUAAGUUUAGACACCAUUGUUGGAAGCCACUAUUUUGGCCAAUCAGUCAUCAAGUUGUUGAUCUCCAGGUUACGUUUACUGUAUAUAAUCCUGUUUUUUCCUGAAUAAAACACUUCUCCAGGAUACUUGUUUAAAAGA